GGCUGAGCCAAUAGGGUCAGAGCAGGGGGCGUGGCGGGAGGUUUGAAACUCGUAUCUUUGGGAGUUGAGCUUCGAGCUGGUACGCACCACAGCUGGAGUUGGGGCCCGGCGUCCCCUCCUCGCCCCGGGCCGGGCCCUGCCCCAAGCCGCUCUUGCUGGUGGAGAUGGGCUCAACCAAGAGCGUCCCCGUCACCCCAGCGCGGCCUCCGCCGCACAACAAGCUCCUGGCCCGAGUGGCGGACCCGCGUUCCCCCAGCGCCGGCAUCCAGCGCACUCCCAUCCAGGUGGAGAGUUCCCCACAGCCAAGCCUGCCCUCGGGAGAACAGCUGGAGGGGUCCAAACAGGCCCAGGACACGGAUCCCCGCUCUCCGACCCUCGGCAUUGCGCGGACACCCAUGAAGACCAGCAGCGGAGACCCCCCAGGCCUCCUGGUGAAGCAGCUGAGUGAAGUGUUUGAGACUGAAGCCUCCAAAUCCAGUCUUCCCCCCGAGCCAGCUCUGCCCCCAGAGCUACCUUCCUCCUCUGACUCGGACUUGCCGCUGGGUCCUCAGUUAGCCCUUGAGGGCCAGGUGCCAGCCUGGAAGCCGACUGAGCUCCCCUCCAGACAGGGGCUUUCCACGGAGGAAGCAAGACAGCCCACGGAAACCCCUGUGGGCAGCCAGAGCUCAGACAAGCCCCUGAGAGAGCCUGAGACGCCCCGUUCUUCAGGUUCUAAGCACAAUAGGCGGAAACCGAGUGGCAAGGUGUUAGGGAGACCCCCACUCACCAUCCUGCAAGACGACAACUCCCCCGGCACCCUGGCGCCACGGCAGGGAAAGCGGCCUUCUCCCCUAAGUGCAAAUGCUCGGGAGCUGAAGGAAGGGUCCGCGCUCGGAACCGGGCGGCUUCUGAAAACUGGAGGGCGAGCGUGGGAACAAGGCCGGGACCACGACAAGGAGAACCAGCACUUUCCUUUGGUAGAGAGCUAGGCCCUGUGGGGCCAGUGACGGGCUCUCCCGGGACCCAGUGACUUCCGCAUCCUUCCCCUGUGCCUGGGAGCCCGAGGAAGGGCUUGUCUUCGACUCCUCCUAAACCAGCCACUCUGGACUGAGAGCGUUACUGGGCUUUCUUGGUAUCUCGUGUGUCUCUUGUAUAUUAAAGGAAGUGAUUUUAUUUUAUUUUAAAGAUUUAUU